GGCCUUGCUUCUUUGAAACACGCGAUCGAACUUAAUAGAAGCAGGCAGAAUUAGACUUCAUAAAUCUUCGAAGCAGCCUUUGUGAUCAGAAUUUAACUUCUUCAAAGUAAAACAUGGACAGGAGAGAGUUGAGAAACUACGUGGAUAUGCCACAUUUCCACCCCGAGAAAAACGUCAUCAGUGGAGUAGACGUUUACAAGAACGGACGAAUUCGACAUGAAAUCAAACACGAUCUGGAGCACAAGACAACCCCAGUUCCACCACCACUGAGAAUAAGGUCAUUUAGCAUGGGGUCUGAGGGCGAGCCUACCUCUCCAAUUGUUGGAUCCCCCUCAACAAGUUCUGGAUCCCCAUUGUCAUCUUCAUUCUCUGGAGGAAUUCUGUCCAAAGCGUUCCAAGUGGACAAGAAACAUACCACAGGGGAGCAUCUGAAACAUGAACUUGAUUUCAAAUGGCAGUAGGUGCUGGUUUUAUGUUUCCAUUUGUCGUCAACGAUCUCACUUAGUCCGUAUUUUUAAGUCGCCCCAGUAUGUGCAAUAUCAUGAAUAUUUCCCCUUUAACUUGGCAAGUAUUCCAUAUGUAAUAACUUUAUGACUUAUUGGAGAUCUGAAAUUGCAUAUAAACAAUCGUUAGCUCAUAGGGGAACCUUUGUGUCAUUUUUACAUUUUUAACUACUCAAUUGUAUUAUCUUUGUCUUUAAGAUUUACAUGUAUUUAGAAAUAUUUUGUACACUUUAUUUUUGAAUAAAUUUACAAUAAAAA